UCUAAAAACAAUUACCGAUCGAUGCGAAUGCUACCCUGUGGAUUGAGAUAUCGUCCCAGCUUGAGCUCUGAAGAUAUGAUAAUGGCGAGCACACAAAGAGGAGGAGAAAGCCAAAUAUCGCUCUGACUUCUUUCUCUUUCUCUAACGGAGAGCAGAGGAAGAGCAUAUAAUGAACCAUGAAUCUUCUCGUCACGGCAAUGGACAAUCUCCCUUCACUUUUCCUCCACAGGCCUACCUUCCCUUCAUCCCAAUCUCACUUCCUUAGCUUCCCCAUCGUUUCAAUACCUCCUUCCUCCCAAUCUAUAGCCCCACGUCUGUGGAGAACGAGACGCUUCGCCUCCAACGGGGUCGUAUCCUCGGCGGCCUCAGAAAUCGACAUGGUCAAGAACAGGCAUGGGGUCUAUACGCCAAAGCAGAAGAAGGUUGUGGUUCUGUGGGACCUCGAUAACAAGCCCCCGCGGGGCCCGCCGUACCAGGCUGCCAUGGCGCUGAAGCAGGUGGCCCAAAGGUUCGGCGAUGUGAUUGACUUCGCGGCCUACGCCAACCGCCACGCCUUCAUCCAUUUGCCCCAGUGGGUACUCGAGCAACGGCGUGAGCGCAAGCAGUUGGACAUUUUGGAACGCAAGGGUCUGGCUAUCCAGUCCGAACCCUACAUCUGUGGUGUCUGCGGCCGCAAGUGUAAGACCAAUCUCGACCUCAAGAAGCACUUCAAGCAGCUCCACGAGCGGGAGCGCCAGAAGAAGCUGAACCGGAUGAGGUCGCUGAAGGGAAAGAAGCGGCAGCGUUACAAGGAGAGAUUCGUGUCCGGUAAUCACAAGUACAACGAGGCAGAGAGGUCGUUGAUUACGCCGAAGCUUGGGUACGGGUUGGCAUCGGAGCUGAGGCGCGCCGGAGUGUUUGUAAAGACAGUGGAGGACAAGCCUCAGGCGGCGGAUUGGGCGGUGAAGAGGCAAAUGCAACACUCGAUGAGCCGAGGGGUUGAUUGGUUAUUUCUAGUAUCGGACGAUUCGGAUUUCUCGGAGAUGUUGAGGAGGGCGAGGGACGCGAAUUUGGGGACGGUGGUGGUGGGGGAUUGGGAUAGGGCAUUGGGUAGGCAUGCGGAUUUGUGGUUCCCGUGGAUUCAGGUGGAGAAUGGGGAGGUGUCGGAGGAGGAUUUGGUGCCGAAGAGUCAAAGGAGGAGGGAGGAGGAUGAGCUGUUCUCUGUUACUAGUUUGGAUGACAAUGUUGCUAAUGAGAGCCAUUUUUUGGACGAUGUAGUGGAUGAACUUGUUGCAGCGAGGACCAGCAUUAAUGGUGUAAAGAUUUCUGCUUUUUCUGAAGUGGUAGAGGAGGAGGUAGAGAGAGGGGGGCAAUGGGAAACAGAGGAAGAGAACCUGGAGAAUUUGUUGUGGGAUAGUGAAGAUGAGGAGGAUGAGUAUUACUGAUAUAGCCAUUCUUGGUUUGAGUUAUACAAGGCAUUUAUGAGCCAUUUAAUUCUUUUAUGGAACCAGUAUGUUUUGCUUAAAGUAGAAGAAUUAGGCAUAGGUAAUGGUGGGAAGAUAUUGAAAACGGAAGCACCUAAUAUGCAGUUAACUGGUUUGGGAGUAUACAGUGUUAAUAGGUUGACCUUUGCCUAAAAAUUACGACAAUGUUUCACUUAUGGGAUAUUUUGGCUGUUCGCUUUGAAGGAGCUUAAGGUUGUAAUUGAAUGUUUCUUUCAUCAA